CAAAACCUUGACAAAAGAAGUAUGCAAGCUGCCUUCAUUUUUCUCUAGGGCCCUUUUCAGGAAGAUUGAUGUUGCAGAUGUGGGAUUUGUUACCAGGGAUCAAUUUGUUGAUUACUGGGUCAAUAGCAACAUGUUGACCAUGGAUACUUCUACGCAAAUCUUUACAAUUUUGAAGCAAUCGGAUCGGAAUUACCUCACUCAGGAUGAUUUUAAACCUGUUCUUCGUGAGAUUUUGGCAACUCACCCAGGAUUGGAGUUCCUACAGAGUACACCUGAGUUUCAGGAACGAUAUGCUGAAACUGUCAUAUACAGAAUAUUUUACUAUGUGAAUAGAUCUGGAAAUGGUCAUCUUACGCUCAGGGAGCUGAAACGGGGAAACCUAAUUGCUGCAAUGCAUCAUGUGGAUGAGGAGGAGGAUAUUAAUAAAGUACUGAGGUACUUCUCUUACGAGCACUUCUAUGUGAUAUACUGCAAAUUUUGGGAGCUCGACACAGAUCAUGAUUUCUUGAUAGACAAGGAGAACCUUAUUAGAUAUGGUAAUCAUGCCCUUACAUACAGGAUUGUUGAUAGAAUUUUCUCCCAGGUGUCAAGAAAAUUUACAAGCAAGGUUGAAGGGAAGAUGGGAUAUGAGGAUUUUGUUUAUUUUAUGUUGUCAGAGGAGGAUAAAUCAUCUGAGCCCAGCCUUGAAUAUUGGUUCAAGUGUAUAGAUUUGGAUGGUAACGGAGUGCUUACGCCCAACGAAAUGCAAUUCUUUUAUGAAGAGCAGUUGCAUCGCAUGGAGUGCAUGUCACAGGAACCUGUGAUAUUCGAAGACAUCUUGUGCCAGAUGGUCGACAUGAUUGGACCUGAGCGAGAGUGUUAUUUUACACUGCGGGACUUGAAAGGAUGCAAGCUUUCUGGAAAUGUCUUCAAUAUUCUUUUCAACUUGAACAAGUUCAUGGCUUUUGAAACACGUGACCCAUUCCUCAUUCGUCAGGAGAGAGAAGAUCCAACUUUGACAGAGUGGGACCGUUUUGCACAUAGGGAGUAUAUUAGACUUUCUAUGGAAGAAGACGGUGAAGAUGCCUCCAAUGGAAGUGCAGAAGUUUGGGACGAAUCUCUUGAAGCUCCCUUUUGAACUUAAACCAAGUGCAUCAAUAUCGAGAGAUCUCAUGCUGGGUUGUCAGAAAAUGGAACCAUCGAGGAAAUGAAUUAAUCAUAUGAGGAAGUUCUCUUGGAUCCAAUUGUUUAUGGCUUCGAGCAAUCUCGAAAGUCUUUAAAGAAGAAAAUCCCAAGCUUUACUGCAAGCAAUGUGUCUUGGAUGUGUCCUGGCGAGGGGGAGGGCUCUCGGCGACGUGAAUAUUUCUGAUUUUCAGGCAGGCUGAGACAGUUUUUAAUAGCUCUGAUGGUUUUCCACCAUUCAGUUAUCGGGUAAGAUUUUUAGGGUCAGAAUAUUAGUCAUUUUUCUCUCACUUCCAAGUUGGGUUGCUCUAUUCCUUGUCUGUUUCUUUCUCUUUUGUACUGCUUUUUCCUGCCCAUUCAUGGGAAUCACGGCAGGUGUUUGUUUUCUCUGUGUCUUGCUUUGAACUGGCAAGAUGUAUUUUCCAUUGUGGGAGGUAAAUAUUCCUGCUUUCUCUUUGUCUUUUGAAAGUCCCUCCCUUACUUGACUGUUUUCAAUGUUUGAUGGGAAGGAAAGAGACAACCAUUGAAUCACAUGUAUUUGUUUAAUUUGUUCAGAGAAAUGCAGCAGUUUAUUGUUAAUGUUC